AUGGCUUCGACAUCUUCUAUUCCAAUCGGCAAUGAUCAUACACAGUUGUUUCAAACACUGAUCAAGGAACAAGGAGAGGAAGCAAUAGAAAGUAGGCGAAACAUUCAUUCAAAAGUGCAAGGCAUUGGAGAAGCAAUCAGAAAAGCUGAUGAAGAAUGGUUCAAUGAAGCUGUAAAGAUUCAGCGAGCUAUCGUAUCAAUUAACGAUUUCCAGCGUGCGAUACGGAAACCCUACUUGGCUACAACUACUUCAACAUCAGCCAGACCUCAAUCUAGAGCCAAUGGAAAUGAUGGCUCAAAAAAUUCCCUUGAUGCUUGGCGAGGAGUACAACACUUGACUGACAAGGAACGGGAUGAGAUUGAAUUCCAAGUAAAGAUCACAAUAAAGCGAUGUCUUGCACGGAUCAAAGAAUUAGAAGAAGGAGAAAAUGUACGAAAGAGAACGACUGUUGGUCUAUCGCAUAAUCCUUUCUCUCGUCUCUUGGGCAGUGCGACCACUUCGGCCUUUCCGGGUAGAUCUCAUCCAUUGUAUGCUGAACAAUUGAGUCAACAUCGAUUUGCUAUUACGCAAUACCUCAAUAAUAAAUUAGCACAAACAAAUGCAAGGAUGGGCGAUCUUCAAGAAGCUCGAUUGAAAGCACAAAGAGUCAAACAAAUCAACUUGGCCGGCUCAGCAGCAACUUUGACGUCUUCAAAUGGUACUGAGAAGAAACGUGAGCCAGUUGCAGGUAGCGUACGAACGACGGAAGCGAAAGGAAAAUCGCAGGUCCCGAACGAAGUACUUUCACUGGAUCAGCCUUAUCAGAGCGAUUUCUCAUCGUCUCAAUUGACGGCAGAGCAGAUCCAACAGUUCGACAAAGAGUCUUCAGCUUUAGUUGAAUCUCUUUCUGAUGACUUGCGUGCGGUUGAGGCAGCAGAACGGAAAUUAAGUGAGAUUUCUGAGCUACAAACACAACUGAUCCAGCAUCUAGGCAAUCAAACAGAAAUGGCUGAUAAUUUGCAUCAAGAAGCGCUUGGGCAUACAUUGGAAGUGGGAAAAGGGAAUGAACAAUUACAACGAGCUAAAGAGAACAAUCGUCAAGCUAAUAGAUUUUUGUGUAUCUUCCUCAUCGGUAGUGGCUUAGGAUUGCUCUUCCUGCAUUGUGAGUAUAAGGAGAUUUGGUAA